AUGACGGAUAACGGCGAAAACGACGGGCUCUCUCAGGAAAUAAUUCCUCAGUAUCCGUACAACGGAAGGGACAAUUUUCUGGCUAUUUUGGAUCACGAAUUCACUCCGCCCUUUGCCAAAAAUGAGUUCCUUCUGUGUACAAACAUCAGCGAUGGUCAGUUCCAACGUGACUUCCUCCACUCCGACGAGAACGACGAAAACGACAAGAGAAUCCUGCGAUCCGUAAAAGAGUACUCUUCAUCUUCUCAAUCACUACUCGUCAAGAUGCAUUCCGCACCACACGAACAGGCAAUUUCGGCUCUCGUUCAACUCAUCACUGAGAAGGCGGUGCGACAGGGUAUAUCUGACGAGCUCAAUUUCCCACGGAGUGAAAGCCGCCGUCUGCAUCCUGGUCAAAAUACAAUCAUCAAAGAGGCCGAUGAUUCUAUUGUUCCCAUGGCAUUCAGAGAUCGAGGUUCGCCCACAAUCACUAUUGAAGUUGCCCGAUCAGAGUCUGAUGUACAGCUUCAAAGAGAUGCCGAGAACUGGUUAGUGGGGUCCCAUGGCCAGGUCCUAUCAGUGAUCACGAUUCUUGUUAGGCAGGAAUCUCACGACUUGGUACUCCGAAGAUGGACUAUGCAGAGCGGUGCCCCCGCCGUGGCACAAGAAGUCCUUGUCAACGUGCACCGUUCGAGGCUCAGAAAUCAAGACCGUUUUAAUGUCAGCGGCGGUCCUUUCACCAUCCCUUUCUUCCACCUAUUUCUACGCCAACCGAACCCCAACUCGAAUGAAGCGGAUUUCCAAUUCACUGCAGUAGAUCUCGAUCGGCUGGCUCGGCGGACUUGGAACCUUUAG